AUGGAUGUCGACAGAACAGUUCCCAAAAAUGUGACUACUCCAGUAACUUUAAAUAAUGAGACAGGCGAAGUGAUAGUGAAAAAGGCAAGUGGUAAGAUAAAGGUUAGAACUGGUCAAACAGUAGAAGAUUAUCUAGAUCAGAGGAGCCAAUUCUGGCUGACUGAUUCAAAAGAAUGUACAAACUUGAACAUGGGUUGGAUGUCUGAGAAUUUCGAUAUUGAUGCAUUGUUAUCAUCUAUAGAUACGUUAAAGUCAUCUAAACAUGAAAGACAGCGUAUUAUCGAUUAUUUGGCUUGGUUAUUCUACUAUAAUAAUAAUAAUAACAAUAGAGAGUUCUCUCAAUUGAUUACAGAUAAGAUAAUCCCUGUUUUUAACGAUAUUAAUACAGAACUAAAAGGCAAAAUAAAGAAAGAAGUAACACUAUUGGAGAGACUUUCCAAACUAAACACUGACGCCAAUACUAAUAACAUAAACACAAAAACUGGGGGAAAUCCAGAAGCGAUGAGCAUCUGA